ACUGUUCUUUUUCCGCAUUUUAACUCAGUAUAAAAAGGAUAAUCUGUGAUUCUUCUUCAUAAGUUUCUUAUUUUAUUUCAAAAUAUCGUGAAACUUAAAUUGGAGUUAAGAAGUAAAAAACUAAUCGUAUUAGGAUAACAAUGAAGGCUUACUGCGUAUUGUGUCUUCUCAUCACUAUCCACGUCGUCGCUAAUAAAGGAGAAGUGACAAAUGAAGAUCUUCAAAAAUUUGCAGAUGCUAACAAUCAUUUAGCUGCAAACCUUUUUCACAGAGUCAUCAAAGGAAGUUCAGACAAUGUAGUUUUAUGUCCCGCAAGUUUGUUGACCGGAUUAGGAAUCAUGUUAUAUGGAGCCAGAGGAAAUACUCAAAAGGAACUCUACACGGUGUUAGGAUACAAGGCUGCAGGCUUACCCAAUGACAAAGUACCUUCAACAUACAGCUAUUAUUUCACAAAUAUGCUGCCUGAAAAUGAUCCAAGAACAAUAAAUUACACUCUGAACUGCGCAGAUGAAGUCUUAGUAAAAAGCCAGGCACAACUGUAUCCUUCAUAUCUAAGCGAGGUCCAAGAACAGUAUCCGACAGUAAAAAAUGUUGACUUUUCGAACAACGCUCCAAAAAUAAGUGAUGAUAUCAACAGUUUUGUAAGAGAAAAAACGAACGGAAAAGUUGAUAACCUUGUCAGCAGUGUGAGUCCAGACACUUCUUCACUUCUAGUAGAUGCUGUUUACUUUAGGGGAAAUUGGGAAACGCCUUUUUCAGCUGGACCGUUGCAACCCUUUUAUAAUGGUGGCUCUUUGUCAAAUGCUAGGAAUAUUCAAUUCAUGCAAGCCACGAGUUAUUUUCCUUACAUGGAAACUGAUAAAUUCCAAGUUAUUGAACUUCCAUACAUUGGAGAAAAUGUUGCGUUGCUGGUUUUAUUGCCACUCCGUACAGAUGGACUCCCCGCUUUAGAAGAUAACAUAACACCAGAGGACGUUGAGCAAGUUAUAGGACAGUUACACCCUACCCAUGUUUUGGUUAAUUUACCGAAGUUCAGCCUGGAAUACUCUCGGGACUUUUCCAAGGACAUCGCAGCCAUGGGAGCUAAAAGCGUAUACGAUGGACCUGCUGAUUUCUCCGGAAUGACAUCAAGUGAAGAUUUAGUUGUUUCUGGCACUCUGCACAAAACUGUUUUAGAUGUCACUGAUAAUGGAAAUCAAAACCGAAAACGAAGAUCGUUGAACUAUCCCAACACCCCUCCAGCCUACUUCAAUGCAGACCAUCCAUUCUUGUUCGCUGUAGUUGACCGAAGAAAUGAUUUGUUUUUGUUUUUGGGUCGUGUCAACAAGUUGUCUGAAAGCAGGCUGUGGAAUAAUGUUAAAGGAAACAGAAGGGAACAGGCUUCAAAAAUGCUGCUCAGUUCACUAUUUCUUUUCGUCACCAUCAACAUACUAAUCAGUUCAGCUCAAGUGUCAGAUGAUGACGUGACAGAUGAUGACCUGCAGAGGUUUGCUGAUGCCAACAACAAUUUAGCGCUCAGUCUCUAUCCAAAGUUGACUCAAGGAAAUUCGGACAAUCUGUUUUAUGUACCUCUCAGUUUGAUGACAGGCUUAGGAAUAAUGCUGUAUGGAGCGAGAAACAACACACAGCAAUUUCAUCAUCUUUCAGAAAUGCUGCUCAGUUCACUAUUUCUUUUCGUCACCAUCAACAUACUAAUCAGUUCAGCUCAAGUGUCAGAUGAUGACGUGACAGAUGAUGACCUGCAGAGGUUUGCUGAUGCCAACAACAAUUUAGCGCUCAGUCUCUAUCCAAAGUUGACUCAAGGAAAUUCGGACAAUCUGUUUUAUGUACCUCUCAGUUUGAUGACAGGCUUAGGAAUAAUGCUGUAUGGAGCGAGAAACAACACGCAACAAGAGCUGUAUUCUGCCUUAGGAUAUGAAGCAGCAGGCUUACCCAUAGAAAGAAUUACAUCAACCUACCACUAUUACUUGACAUACCUGCUGCCGCAGAACAAUCCCCACUUUCCAUACUACACGUUAUUGUGUGCGGAUGCAGUUUUAGUAAAGAAUGAAGCACCAUUGGACCCAGAGUUUCAGACCAAUGCUCAAAAUGCAUAUGACGCGACCAUUCGAAAUGUUCAUUUUGAUAAAAGUGAUCGCCAUAAGAACAGUCGCAUCAAUAAUUUCGUCAGGAGACGCACAUAUGGAAAAAUUGAUCGCAUUGUAGAUCACGUGAAUUCCUCAUCAUCUGCGCUGCUUGUAGAUGCCGUGUUCUUUAAAGGAAAGUGGGAGACACCUUUUCCACUUUAUUGGUCUACUCCUCAAACAUUUCAUUCCCCAAAUGGAGAAAAGGAUGUUCCAUUUAUGGUUCUUACCCACAGUUUCCCUUACUACGAAACCGAUGAAUUUCAAGCUUUGUUACUGCCGUAUAAAGGAAAGUUUCUAGGUUUACUAAUCUUACUACCACUAGAAAAUAAUACGCUGUCGAAUGUGGAGCAAAACUUCACGCCUGAAAAAUUGACAAAUGUCUUGAACCAGCUGCAGGAACAAGAGAUAUCAGUUUCUCUUCCGAGAUUCAAAAUCCAGUACUACAGAGAUUUUUCAGAAGACAUCAAAGCUUUGGGAGCUGAAAGCGCGUAUGAUGAAUCAGCAGAUUUUUCAGACAUGACGGACAGCGGAGACAUACAUGUCACUGGCACUCUCUACAAGGGUGCCAUAGAAGUUGAUGAGUCGCAUCAGGGACUUGGUGCGUCGCCUUCGUCUAAUGAAGAGGUUGAGGCAAGUUUUCUGGCAAACCGUCCUUUCAUGUUUGGUGUAAUAGACACAAGAUACAAUUUGAAGCUGGCUUUGGGUCGUGUUUAUAACGUAUAAACGGUCUUGUUAUAUGGUUUAAAAGAGGCAUACUAUCAAUUGUAAUCAACAUGAAAUAAAUAAACAGUUUAUCCAGAA